AAUUAUCAGACUGUGCAUGCUUCAAGCAAUACAUUGAGGAUGAAAAGCAUUGAAAAGCUUAAGCAGUCGCCGUUCAAAAGGAUGUUUUAAUUGCAGUAAAAGAAAAAAAUGAUUCUUUCUACUUACCAUACCAUCCAGUCGGUGUUUUGCUGCUGCUGCACUGUUCAAAAGCGUGCAGUCACGACUCAGAUGAGCCUGGAAGAUAAUGCGGAUCUCAUGGACGAGUAUCCCUUGAGAGAGCGCCAGUCAUCGUAUCCUUCAUCAAAUAUUUACAGAGUGAACAGGACAGUGGGGGUCCCAUCGAGAAGGAAGCCUCCCCCACCUCCCCAGGCUGAUGAGGAGGAUGGAGGAGAGGUCCGUGUGAUUGCACUGUAUGAAUUCUGUGCCCAGGAACCCACUGACCUGAGUGUCAGGAGGUAUGAAGAGUACAUGAUACUUCAGAAGCAUGACCCUCACUGGUGGAAAGCGAGAGACAAGGAUGGAAAUGAAGGAUUCAUUCCAAGCAACUAUGUGACUGAGAAGAAAUCUAUUAAUUUAGAGGCAUUUGAGUGGUAUUGUAAAAAUAUCACACGGAACAAAGCAGAACAGCUCCUUCGGCAAGAGAGUAAAGAAGGGGCCUUUAUUGUCAGAGACUCCAGCCAACAAGGGAUUUACACUGUAUCUGUUUUUACCAGAGCUGGAGGAGAUCAAAAUGGAUCAGUGAGACAUUAUCACAUUAAGCAGACGCAGGCGUCACAGAGACAAUACUACGUGGCAGAGAAACAUCUAUUUGAUACAAUUCAUGAGCUUAUUGAAUAUCAUGAACACAAUGCAGCAGGCCUUAUCACAAGAUUUCGAUAUCCUGUUGGAUUAAUGGGAAGAUGCAUUCCUGCAACAGCUGGCUUCAGCUAUGAAAAGUGGGAGAUCAACACGUCGGAACUGACUUUCAUGAAGGAGCUGGGGAGCGGACAGUUUGGGAUGGUGCGUCUCGGAAAAUGGAGAGCAACGCAUAAAGUAGCAAUCAAAACUGUUUUUGAAGGUUCCAUGUCAGAAGAGGAUUUUAUUGAGGAAGCUAAGGUCAUGAUGAGAUUGUCUCACCCAAACCUGGUUCAACUUUAUGGAGUUUGCACACAGCAGAAGCCAAUCUGUAUAGUUACUGAGUUCAUGGAGAAUGGCUGCCUACUCAAUUAUCUGCGGCAGAGACAAGGCCGACUGAACAAAGAUGUCUUAUUAGGUAUUUGUGAGGAUGUGUGUGAAGGGAUGGCAUAUCUUGAGAGCAACCACUUCAUUCACCGGGACUUGGCUGCAAGGAAUUGUUUGGUCAGUGACAAGAAUGUGGUGAAGGUUUCCGAUUUUGGAAUGGCAAGGUACGUUCUUGAUGAUGAGUACACCAGCUCAACCGGAUCCAAAUUUCCUGUGAAAUGGUCACCACCUGAGGUCUUCCACUUUUCUAAAUUCAGCAGUAAAUCAGAUGUCUGGUCAUUCGGUGUUCUGAUGUGGGAAGUUUUUACUGAGGGUAGGAUGCCCUUUGAGAACAAAUCGAAUGCUGAGGUUGUUGAUGAGAUAUCUCGAGGAGAACGGCUUUACCGACCAUCCCACACAUCGCCCGUGGUGUUCCAGGUCAUGUAUAGCUGCUGGCACGAGAAACCAGAUGGGCGACCAAGCUUUCAUGAAUUAUUGGACUCAAUCAAUGAGGUUGCUGUGAAUGAUCAUACUUAAAAAAGCUUCCUACACGCUCAAAAUGCUGGAUUUAAAUGAUAAAAUAUUGAGAAUCCUCAGAAAACAUUCCAAGCAAGGUGUUGCAUCUAUCGAUACUUUACCUCAAACAUUCUGCUACAAAAAACAAGUGCUUCGAAUCUCUGGAAGGUUAUCUUUCAUUCUCCCAUCAGUUUGGCAAGCAUUCAAAUGCAAUAUUAAAGAAAU